AUGUCGAGCUCUUCCUCACUCCUGUCCUCCACACAACCGUUGGCUUCGGCCGCAGCGGCGACGGGCGCGUCGGCGGCGGACAUGAAUGCGCCGAUGCGCAUGUCGCGGCACGACACGUCGACAUACUGGGGACGGGUGUUUGAUUUCCAAGAGCGCAUCAACCCGCUUUUCCUGUUGGUCGGCGAGGAGGAGGCGCGCGAGAGCGAAAGGAUUGCCAGUUUGGCGAAGCAGGGCAAGUGGAAGGAGCUGCGGGAGCGCGGCAUCGACGAGAAAAAGCUGCAAGAAUUCGUGCUCAUCGCCCAGAGCACCAUCAACGCCAGCGACGGCUCCCUCGUCCAUCCCUUCUUCCGCCUCGCCGCCUUUUGCCCCGUCAACAUUCCCAUCAGCGGAGGAAUGAUUCUCUCCGCGCCGACUUUCGCGAACAGCGUGUUUUGGCAGUGGAUCAACCAGACAUACAACGCAGGCUUCAACUGGGCGAACGGCAACAGAUCACCAACUGCGCAUUCGGAGCACGUCAGGAACGACAUCAUCAAAGGCUACGCAUCGGCCGUGUUUGUCUCCGUGGGACUUGCGGUGUGUCUGAACGGCUGGCUCGCGCGCUCGAGACUCCAGGGCGUUACGCGGAAGAUCCUGCAGGCGGUCGUGCCUUACGCCGCAGUGGCAUCGGCGAACUUUGGAAACACCCUCCUCAUGCGCGGCCAAGAAAUCAAAAAGGGCAUUCCUGUGUACGAUGCGGACAAGAUGGAAGUCGGCGUCUCGAAGAACGCCGCCCUCCAGGCCGUGGUUCAGACAGCCAUCUCCCGCGUCGUGCUGCCGCUCCCCGUGCUGCUCCUCCCGUACCCGAUCAUGAGCGUGUUCAACGCGCUCCUGCCUAUCACCCGCACGAAUGCCUUCCUCAAGGUCGGCAUGGAGCUCUCGGUCAUCUUCGGGUGCCUCUGCGUCGGGUUGCCUCUCGCCGUCGGCAUGUUCCCUGAGUACGGCGAGAUGGAUGUGAAGGACUUGGAGCCGGAGCUGCAGAAAAAGCUGCAAGCACGCCUAGGAGACAUUCAAAAAGUCUACUUCAACAAGGGUGUCUAA